AUGUCGCCUAAGAAUGUGUCGCUACAAUAUGAUCGUCGCGCGUACACUUGUGGGAUUCCCGAAGAGGAAAAUGACGAAGCCCAGGCCACGACUGAGCUACCGGGCCAGAGACCCAUUACGAGGCGUUCCGGUUCCGACGAGGACGGAGUGUCUUUACUGAGUGGUGCCAGCACCGAUGAUCUGGGCCUCAGUACAGAUGCUGGCUCAAUGGACGCUCUGGAGUGUGAUGCUGUAGCUGAAGUCGACACAGACGGAGACGUUAUUGAGGCAGAACGGUCCGCAAUCGCCAUCUCUAGGAGUAAAGCCUGCUCUAGCAAGACUUGUAGUCCUGAGCUGGUAUGCUCCUCCGACUCGGGCUAUCGCCUUGACGGUGUUGGAGGCAGUGAAAAUUUGACAGUAGAUACUCUUCCUGGCUCCGAGACUGUAUCUCCUAUUCAUCACCCGCUCGGAUUAUUGGAGCCUGACUCCCCUAAAUUUGUUCCAGCUCGAACCAGACAACUAGACCAUACUUCUCCAUCUCACAACUUUAUCUCUACUAUAGUAUCUACUACACGACCUGUGGCUGUAGUUGCCCCUCCGAGGCCGCCCCGGGCUAUCACAACGACAACAACCGCUACCGCAGAAGCUGCAACUGCAGCAGCAGCUACCACUCCACCUAGUAGUCCUGUUUCGAGUCAUCGUAUCUGUGUUAUCAGCCCAGUUUCGUCCCCAUCCACAUCUGAGUCGCAGCAGACAACCCCUCCAGAGAGUAACAAAUUUGGCAUGGUCACGUCUGCUGGGGCGGCUGUUGGAGCAGACUUAAAAAUUGACUCCAAGAUCCCAGAUGACCCUGGUAAUAUGGAAAAAGCGAUAAUGUUGGAUUCGUUGGUAACUGGUACAAAUAUACAAAGUAUCGAGGAAGAUAUAGCAUCAGCUGAUAUUCGAAAAUAUAUUUCAGGUGAGUCUGUUAUCUUUAGUAGUAUUCACAUAAACAAAUAG